AUGCUUGAUGCAGCUCCUGUCAGCACUCCUAUGAAUUUUUCCACCAAAAUAUCUUCUGAUGGUGUUCCUCUUGAUGACCCCGCUGCAUUCAAAAGGCUAAUAGGAAGGCUUAUAUACCUCACCAACACCCGUCCAGAUAUCACCUACGCUAUCCAUCGUCUCAGCCAAUUUGUUGCUGCUCCAACCACGCUCCAUCACCAAGCUGCCUUUAGAAUCUUACGCUAUAUCAAACAAACUCCUGGACAAGGUAUUUUUCUAACCGCAAAUAAUAACCUUCAAUUACAAGCUUACAGUGAUUCCGACUGGGCCGACUGUCCUGAUUCUCGCAAAUCUAGCACUGGCUAUAUUGUUUACUUGGGGGACUCACCAAUAGCAUGGAAAUCAAAAAAGCAAAACACGGUCUCCCACAGCUCAUCCGAAGCUGAAUACCGCGCUCUUGCCCAGACCGUCUGUGAACUCUAG